UUCUAAAUUACUAUAUGUUGAGCAGAUGUCUAAAUUUUAGAAGCAUAGAAAACAAAUGUAUUUCUUUUUAAAACAAUAAGAUAGUAGACGCCAAUAAUGCAUGUCCAAACUCGUCAUUUUCUUUGUGGAGGACGAGUGUUACAGCUUUUUCAUUGACGAUCUUUGUGUUAGGUCAGCUGACUGAGGAAUUUCGGAGUUACGAAAACAAUAGAGAAGCGUAGUGUUACAAACACGGUGCAGUCUCGUGUUUAUCGUAAAUUUAAAACCCUUUCAUAUAUACGAUUAAUGACUGAGGUGAAUGAAAAUAUUAUGAUCGGCGAUGGAUCCUGGAACAGCAACAGCGCCCGUGAACAACGAUUGUGAGACAGAGACAAGUUCAUUCGGGAGCUGGUGGCCUUCGUGGCGUCCGACCUCCAUGUCCAUUUUGAAGACCACAGAGUCCAAGAUUCUUGCCUGUAUCCAGAAUAACCUAUGGGCCAGAUUUGUAACCUUAUCCAACCAGGAUCGUAUAUGGACUCUGAGCCUGACCAAUAAGGAGGCUCCUAAACCUAAACCUGCAACCUCUAAGACUCCACUGGUGAUGGUCCACGGGUUUGGAGGUGGAGUUGGACUCUGGAUCAGAAACCUUGACGCACUGAGCCGAUCGAGGCCCGUCCACGCCUUCGACCUUUUGGGCUUUGGCCGUAGCUCCAGGCCUUCCUUUCCCUCGGAUGCUGCCAAAGCAGAGGAGCAGUUUGUCAACUCCAUUGAACAGUGGAGAGAGUCUGUAGGCCUGGAUCGCAUGAUUCUGCUGGGCCAUAGCCUGGGGGGCUACCUCGCCACAUCCUACGCCAUCCAGUACCCUUCUAGAGUGUCUCAUCUAAUCUUGGUUGACCCAUGGGGUUUUCCUGAGCGACCUCAGACAAAGAACCAGGAGAGCCAAGGUCAGGGGGCGGAGGUGGUGAAGAGGCCAUCGCCUCCACGCUGGAUUAAAGCUAUUGCAAUGGUGGUUUCCUACUUUAAUCCACUGGCUGUCAUCAGAGCUGCGGGGCCGUGGGGUCCUGGCUUGGUGAACAGAUUCCGUCCUGAUUUCAAAAGGAAGUUUGAAGACCUUUUUGACGAUGACACCAUGACGCAGUACAUCUAUCACUGUAACGCACAGAAUCCGAGCGGUGAGGUGGGCUUCCGGGCCAUGUCCGAGUCUCUGGGCUGGGCUAAGAGGCCCAUGCUGCAGCGGGUUCACCUGCUGCCUUCCUCCAUGCCCGUCACCAUGCUCUACGGAGAAUACUCCUGGGUGGACAGUUCAUCUGGAGAGAGAGUAAUCCAGAUUAGGAACCCAGCCUUCACCAAACUGAUGCUGAUACAGAAAGCCUCUCACCACGUUUAUGCUGAUCAACCAGAAGAGUUCAACAGAGCGGUGGAAAAUAUAUGUCGCUCUGUUAACUGACCGUCUUAGUGUGUAUGUGUAUAUGGUUGUAUGUCAAAGACACUAUAAAGAAAAUGGUCAUAGCUAGUCCAUUGUGAACUAUGAUUUUCAAAUCAACUGCGGUAGUACAUGUAUGACUUUUGUAUUUAUUGCACCAGUUUAUUUAUAGCCCAAUGAAAUGUGUUCAGUAGUGUGACCAUGCAGAAUUGUUUUUUUGUCUUAAAAUAAUUUACGUUUGCACAUUUCACCAGUGCCUCACAUUAAAAUAGAUAGAUGUACUUUAUUGAUCCCAUGACAUUACAGUAGCAUUCGCACUGAACUGUUAUUUACAUUUAUAUUGUUGGAAAUAAUAAAAUGUUUUUGUUUUUUUUUA